AUGUCGCUCAUGGGUGACAUCAUCAUGCUGGCAACAUCGGGGGAGGACUAUUUCUAUAACAAAAGGCCAAGUUCGUCUGUAAUGACCAAUUUCAGCAAAUCGUUGUCUCUUGUGGAAGACGGACCGCACGAUGCUAAUCUGUACAACAGCACUUGGUCAUCAAGCCAUAAUACCUCCAGCGGUGGACCGGAUGAGGAUUCCAAUUCUGAUUUCGCUAUCUACAUCUUCAUGUUAAGUAUUUGCAUCACUGGACUGGUGGGGAACGGGAUUGUCAUCUAUCUUCUCGGCUUCCACAUUAAAAGGAGCCCUUUCACGACGUACAUCCUGAACUUGGCUGUUGCUGACUUUGGGUUCCUUCUGUUUGGGGCUCUGACCUUAAGUUUAGAACUAACAGGCGAAAUCUAUUUCUGGGGAGUAAUAAUAAUUGCAUACUUUUUGAUAUUCACGUAUACUGCGAGUCAACUUCUAUUGACAACCAUCAGCAUCGACAGGUGCGUGUCGGUCCUCUUCCCAAUCUGGCAUCAAUGCCACCGGCCACGACACCUGUCCACCAUUGUGUGUGCUCUAAUGUGGGCUCUCUCCUUCCUGACCUCAGGAAGUAUAACACUUUCAGGCCUUUUGGGACAUUUUGAGGCAUACUGGAUAUUUUUCUCUCCUUUUAUUGCAGGUUCUGUUGUCUUCUUCCCUCUGAUCACUGUCUCCACCACCAUUCUGUUGCUCAAACUGUUCUGUAAAGCACAGCAGCCUCGGAGCGGAAAGCUUCUAACCAUCGUAUUAUUAACUCUCCUUUUUUACUUCAUCUUUGCUUUCCCCAUGAAUGCUAUCUACACAGUCAAUUAUUUUGCUGGUUAUAAAUACGUACAUCUAGCAAUAUAUGCCGACUUAUGCGCCUGCCUCAACAGCUGUGUCAACCCGGUGAUCUGUUUCCUGGUUGGGAAGAAGAAGAUGGGUCAACGAAGUAAGAGCCUGAAGUUCCUGCUCCAAAGGGCUUUCCAGGAGGAGGAAGAGCACAGAGAGGAAUGUGGCACCACAGCCCUGACAUCACUAUAG